AUGGCAUCCGACAAGAAGUUGAAGCAGAAGGAGUUAAAACGUCGAAACGUAAUGGAUUCGGUGGAUCGCAUUGCGGAGUUUUCGGACAACUAUGAUCCAGAAAGGGACGUAGGCGAACUGCCGUUGCGACUGGAACGGUUGGAAAAAUAUUUCGAGCUGUUCGAGACGAUUCAAACUGAAUACGAGGUAUUGGAUGAUACGGAUCAGUUCUUGAAGGCAAAUUUACGAACAAGGGCCAGGUUCGAGGAACUUUACUUUCGGGUGAAAGCAAACUUGAUAACGAAGAUGCCACAAGCCGCUAUGGUCCAAGUACCGAUUCCAAGCGACCAAGCACCGGUCAUUGCUAAUACCGGUUUAUCGAAUAUUAAGUUGCCCACGAUUAAACUGCCAGAAUUCAGUGGAGACUUUAAUGAUUGGCUAACAUUCCACGACACGUUUUUAGCACUUAUACACUCAUCUACCGAGCUGACGACAGUCCAAAAAUUUCAUUAUCUUAGGGCUUCACUAAAAGGAGAAGCAGCGCGACUGACGGAAACACUUACCAUCACGACCGCAAACUAUGCUGUUGUUUGGCAGACAUUAUUGGAUCGUUAUUCUAACAAAUACCUUUUGAAGAAAAAACACAUACAAGCGCUGCUAGACUAUCCAAAGAUUAAGAAGCAGUCAUCCUCGGCUCUGCAUGCAAUAGUCGACGAGUUUCAACGCCAUACUCAAAUUCUGGAACAACUACAGGAGCCUGUUGAGCAUUGGAGUUCUUUAUUGGUUGAAGUUCUCACAGCGCGACUAGACGAUUUGACACUAACAGCUUGGGAGGAAAUCGCUGCAAAAGAAGAACAUCCGACAUUCGCGAAUCUGAAGGUCAGUGAUUCGCAGGGGAGGGAGCAACCAGCUCGAGCUCUGCUGGACUCAUGCUCGCAAGCAAACAUAAUAAGCGAACGACUGUGUAAACGAUUACGGCUAAAACGGCACAACAUUUACGUGGACAUAUGUGGAAUUGGCCACAGUGUCAAAACGGCUAAACACUCAGUAUCAGCUCGGAUUCAAUCGCGGUGCGGCAGCACCAGUAAGCUCGUUCACUUCAUAGUAUUGGAAAAUGUAACGACGGAUCUUCCCGCAGAAACGAUUUCUGUAGAAGAUUGGAAUAUUUCUUGUAACCUAGAAUUGGCCGAUCCCAAUUUCAAUAUUUCCGGAGAAAUUGACUUAGUUAUUGGAGCGGAACAUUACUUUUCAUUCAUUCGAAAUGGACGCAUCCGGCUGUCAGAAAAUCUGCCGGUAUUGGUGGAAAGUGAUUUCGGAUGGUUGGUAACUGGGUUAGCGGAUGUCGACAAACAAGGAGCACGUAUGGCGUGCAACACCAUUACAUUGGAAGCUCUAGAUGCGAAGCUAGAACGUUUCUGGCUGAUCGAGGAAAACUUUGCAACUACUUGGACAGUAGAGGAACAACAGUGCGAGAAAUUUUAUUCUACGACCACCACACGGAGUUCAGAUGGAAGAUAUGUAGUGAGGCUACCUAAACGAUCGAGUUUCGAAAAUCUUUUAGGUGAUUCAAAACCAGUCGCCAUUCGACGUUUCCAUUGUCUAGAAGCAAAAUUGCAGAAAGAUCCACCACUUCGCGUGCAGUACAAUAGUUUCAUGGCCGAGUACCUUCAAUUGGGCCACAUGCAUCCGAUACCUUAUCAAGGAAAAAACGAGGCCAUAGCAUUCUAUCUUCCUCAUCACCCGGUUAUAAAAAAGGAAAGCACUACAACGAAGAUUCGCGUGGUUUUCGAUGGAUCAGCGAAAACGACCAGCGGGCAUUCUUUAAAUGAUCUUCUACAGGUAGGCCCUAUUUUGCAAGACGAGUUGAUCAGCAUCGUUCUUCGAUUUCGUUUGUUUCACGUGGCAAUAGUGGCGGAUAUAGAAAAGAUGUACCGCCAAAUACUGGUACAUCCAGACGACCAGCCCUUGCAGCGCAUUUUUUGGCGAUUUGAUCCGUCUGAAGAACUCACUGAAUAUCAAUUAAGCACCGUUACGUAUGGAUUAGCUCCGUCAUCGUUUUUAGCGAUACGCACGCUCUAUAGCUUAGCAGAUGACUACGAACGAGAUUUCCCUGCAGCUGCAGUAGCCAUAAAAAAGGGGUUCUAUGUCGAUGACUUUCUGCAUGGGGCGCCGUCUGUAGAAUCUGCAAUCCAGUUGCGCGAUGAAAUGUGUGAAUUACUACAUAAAGGUGGAUUUCGACUGCGCAAGUGGUGCUCCAAUUUCAAGGAAGUCUUACAAGAUAUACCUCCAGAGUUGCGCACUACUCAAAGCGAGCUCCAACUCGAUCCAGAUGAAUCCAUAAAGACGCUCGGCAUUCUAUGGGAGCCAGCACUUGAUGUCUUCAGACUCGUGGUAAACGUGAAGCAGACCGGCGAGGGACCAACAACCAAGCGGAACAUUUUGUCUACAAUUGCACAGUUGUAUGAUCCGUUAGGGAUAAUUUCUCCAGUCACCAUCACCGCGAAAAUUUUAAUGCAGCAGUUAUGGCUACUCCCCCUAGGAUGGGAUGAAGAAGUCCCAUCGAAUCUAAAACUGAAAUGGGAACAGUACACCUCGCAACUAUCAAGUUUAUCGGCAUUCAGCAUAAAUCGGUUUGUCCUCACACCCCACCAUACAAAUGUGGAGCUGCACAUUUUUGCUGAUGCCUCUGAGGUAGCUUAUGGCGCGUGUGUGUACGUGCGAUCCUGGACAACGGGUGGAGCUGUCACAGUUACCUUGCUGGUCGCCAAGGCGCGCGUGGCGCCUUUACAAAGAAUAACCAUUCCCCGGCUGGAGCUGUGCGCGGCCGUAGUAGCCGCUCGUUUGUUCGACAAGUCGAUUGAGAGACGAGCAUAA